CAGUACAGGGCAGAAUGGCGGACUGAGCUAAUCUCAUGAAGCUAGCUAUCCGACUAGCUCUGUUAGCGACUUCUGUUAAUCGCUAUCAUUCUAUCUAUUCUAAGCGCUGACAUUGAUGAGGUGUCCGUAAAUUAAAUCCAGAAUGGAUUCUGAAACUGAGCAAAAUCUUAAACCCGAUCAUGGUGGCACUGAAACUUUAAACUUUACACCACAAAGAGGCGGAACUUUGCUAGCAGCAAGAAAAAGGACUCUGCGCUCAGGACACGGCAAAGUCAACUCCAGCUUCAAAUCUCCAGUUCAGGUUUCUAGUAUGCUGAACAGCGGGGUGUGUGUGGAGGAGGAGAUCAGAGCUUUACAGAACACACUGCUGCAGCUGGAGUCUGACAUCACACUGUUAGAAAGCGAAGGAGUGUGUGUGCACGAGCUCGAACUCCACAUUAACCUCCUGCACGAAUACAACGACAUCAAGGACAUCGCACAGACUCUACUGGGCAGGCUGGCCGGCCUGCGCGGCGUCACCACACGCGACUUGUACGCUCAGUUCGGCAUGGAGCUGGACGACUGAUUGGCUGAGGGCUGCGGUGGGAGGACAGACCACCAUGUCCCCACUGAUCCAGGAGCAGAAAGCAUUCGGCACGCUCACGCUCCAGAUUCUUAAGAACUGUUCUUCAUGAGUGACGGGAGAGCGUGGCGAAGCAGAGCCAUUAACACACGCAGCACCUGUUACAGAACGCCCCCUGGUGCUUCAUUCCGCGUACGCUGCAGCAAACUGCUAAUCAUUACAAUGUUUUAUUUACGAAAUAAUUUUUUUUUUUUUUUUUUUUUUGUAAAUUCUAAGUUACUGUUUAUCUCUGCACAGUGUGUAAAUGAGAGAGAAGGUUAUAAGUAGAAUCUGAGAUGCCUGUAAUGGUCCAGGGUUGGACAUUUUGUUACCUUGAGCAUGACCUGAGUAAUAAACUCCAUCUGAUCACUCA